AUGGAUGAUGAAGAAUAUGAUACUGAUAUCGAUGAACUAGGGAAUGAAGUAGAACAGGAAGAAGACGAUGAUAAUGUUUCAUUCAUUAGCGCUGUUUCAUCGCAACCAAACAAUAAUAUACAUAUGAUGGAUGAUACUUUACCUCAGCCUGAAUGUCAAUAUAGUACACAAAAAUUUUUGGAUACUUUUGAUAGAGGUUUAGCCAAACGACAAAGUAAAGGAAAAUAUCAAGUAAGUCUAAUAGAUUACUUUCUCUUUUUCUUUUACUUUUUUCAAGUAAUGCAACUUAUUCAUAAUUCGUGCGAAGAAUUAUUUCGAAAAAUUUGA